CCAUUUUCCUCCCCCAAAGACGGCACCUUCUCGCCGUCUCGUCCCCCUCCCCCUCUCCAAUGGCGCUCGCCUCCACCACCGCCUCCCGCCUCAUCGCCCGCCGCCUUGCCGCUCCCCUCCCGCCUUCUUCUUCCUCCUCUUCUCCUUCCUCCGCUCUCCGCCGCGCCGCGCCACGAGGGGGAGCCACAGGAGCCAGGCCGCGCGGGGUCGCGGUGCGGUGGGAGGGCAGGCCGAGGGCGCUGCUCGGGGGAUUCUCGGACGCCGAUGCUUACUACGCCAGCGACGACGAGGACGAGGACGAGGAGGACGCCCGCAGCGCGCUGGGUGGGGGACCUUCGUCGCCGAACCUGGAGUGUGACGACGUCCUCGAGCUCGCCGCCGCUGCCUCCUCCGGGCCCGAGCGCUGGGACGUGCUCGGCCUCGGCCAGGCCAUGGUUGACUUCUCAGGCAUGGUGGACGAUGAAUUCCUUGAGAGACUGGGCAUAGAGAAGGGUACAAGAAAGGUCGUGAACCACGAGGAGAGGGGACGGGUCUUGCGUGCCAUGGAUGGUUGCACCUACAAGGCUGCUGCUGGAGGAUCACUGUCAAACUCGCUUGUGGCUCUAGCAAGGCUUGGUAGUAGUCGGGUCACUAGCUACCCCGAUCUUAGAAUUGCGAUGGCUGGCAGUGUGGGCAGUGACCCACUUGGUAGUUUCUACAGGCAAAAGUUGCAGCGCGCUAAUGUGCAAUUCUUGUCCAAGCCGGUCAAGGAUGGUACCACUGGGACUGUCAUUGUUCUAACAACUCCAGAUGCACAGCGAACUAUGCUUGCAUACCAGGGGACAUCUUCAACUCUGGCUUACGAUUCAGACUUAGCAGAGCUAGUAUCAAAAUCAAAUCUAUUAGUUGUGGAAGGAUACCUAUUCGAGUUCGCUCACACAAUUGAAGCCAUCAAGCAAGCUUGUGAAGAUGCUAAGAAGAAUGGUGCACUUAUUGCUGUUUCAGCAUCAGACGUGUCAUGCAUCAAGCGUUGCCACAGUGAUUUUUGGGAUAUUGUUGGAAACUAUGCAGACAUAUUGUUCGCCAAUGCUAAUGAAGCAAGGGCAUUCUGCGAGCUAACCUCAGAAGAGAGCACCAUGUCUGCGGCUAGAUACUUGAGCCAUUCUAUUCCUCUUGUGUCUGUUACUGAUGGUAUGCAUGGUUCCUACAUUGGUGUGAAAGGUGAAGCAAUAUACAUCCCUCCACCGGCAUGUAUUCCUGUCGAUACUUGUGGAGCUGGUGAUGCAUACGCAUCGGGAAUUCUAUACGGUAUUCUCCGGGGAGCGUCAGACUUAAAGGGCAUCGGCCUGCUGGCGGCCCAGGUAGCUGCCGUUGUCGUUGGGCAGCAAGGCACACGCCUAAGGGUUAAGGAUGCUGACAGAUUGGCUGAAUCGUUUGAGUUCCACUUUGAUAACUUGGAGUUUUGUUCAGAUGCUGGAACAGAUCAGAUUCCAAACUUAUGAUUUUCUUUCUCCUGGAACUGGAAGUCCAAGACUUAUGAUUUUUGUGUCUCCCUCAAGUCCC